GUACCGGUUGUUGGUAUGGGUGGUUCGGGAAAGACAACUCUUGUCGGUAACAUCUUCAGAUCUCAACGUGUAAGGAGGCACUUUGAUUCAUAUUCAUGGGUGACAAUCUCUCAAUCCUAUGAUAUCGAAGAUGUCUUUAGGACAAUGAUCAAGGAUUUCUCCAAAGAACAAGGAUUGCAAGUUCCAUCUGACUUAUCAUCCAUGAGGUACAGAGAGUUGGUGGAGAUGCUUGUGAAUUAUCUCCAACCUAAGAGGUAUUUCAUCGUGCUAGAUGAUGUCUGGAAUACUGGUUUUUGGAAGGAGAUUAGUGUAGCCAUUCCAGAUGGCAUUCACGGAAGUCGUGUGAUGAUCACCACCCGUGAAGAGAGAAUAGCUCAUUUCUCUUACGGAACGAUGAACCGAUUCCACCGGAUCGAACCUUUAAAGGAAGAUAAGGCUUGGGAGCUAUUCCGCAAGAGGGCAUUUUCAGGGAGUCCUGAACAACACAUAGCGCCAAAUAUAGAACCUAUAGCGAGGAAUCUCGUUCAGAAAUGCGGAGGCCUACCAUUAGCUCUUGUGGCUUUGGGUAGCAUGAUGUCGACAAGGAGAUUAGAAUCAGAAUGGAGGAGAGUUUACAAUAGCUUGAACUGGGAAUUGAGCAAUAAUCCCGACCUCAAGGAUGUUCAAAGGAUCUUAAUUCUUAGUUUCAACGAUUUGCCAUAUCCACUUAAGCAUUGCUUCCUAUAUUGCUGUAUUUUUCCAGAAGACUACAUCAUCAAAAGGAAGAAGUUGAUCAGGUUAUGGAUGGCACAAGGGUUUGUGCAACCAACCAGAGGAGUAAAACCAGAAGAAGUGGCGGAUAGCUAUAUUAUGGAACUUGUUUAUAGAAACAUGUUCCAAGUAGUGUUUAGAAACCACAACGGGCGCCCAAAGGCAUUCAAGAUGCAUGAUAUGGUCAGAGAGAUUUCUUUGAUGAUAUCUAGAGAUGAGAAGUUUUGCGAUGUGUUUAAUGAUAAGGCGGAAGAUGUUCAAGAUGGCGAAACUCGCCAUUUAUGUAUUCAGAGGGAGAUAAAUUCAAGUAUCGCUCAACGAAAUCUCCAAACCCUUUUGGUGUAUUCAACUACCAAACAGAAUGUUGCAUUGCCUACUGCAUUGAAGCUUUUGAGAGCUUUAGACCUUGAAGACUCUCGCAUUAGAAAACUGCCUGAUUCGUUGGCGACUCUGUUCAACUUAAAGUACCUGAAUUUGACAGGAACUCGUGUGAGAAAACUUCCAAAAUCCUUCCGUAGGCUCCUUAACCUGGAGACGUUGAACACUAAAUUCUCCAAGAUUAAGGAGCUUCCUACGGGUAUUUCAAAGUUGGAAAACUUGCGAUAUCUUGUUACUUUUAGUCAUAGUAACUCUGACUGGAGCAUCGUUUCAGGCACAAAGGUUUCAUCUGAUAUUUGUCAGCUGAAGAGAUUGCAGGUUAUGGACUGCAUCCAUGCUGAAAACGAGCUCAUCAGGAACCUCGGUGACAUGACACAACUCACAAGGAUCGGUCUGGUCAACGUGAGAAAACAUCAUGGACAUGACUUAUGCAAUGCCCUCAAUAAGAUGAAGGAUCUUAGGUUUGUGUCUCUUUGGUCGAUUGAUGAAAACGAGCCUCUACAACUUGAUGCAUUGUCACCUGCUACAACAAUCAGAUGUUAG